ACAUAAGUUUAAUUGCUCCAAGAGUACCAUUUUUUAAUGUAUGUAUUAUUCCAUUUACAGAAGGUACUGCGAUGUCAAAUUGUUUGAAAAUAGUAAUAACAACUCUCUUAGAUUUUUCCAGCUCUUUGCAAAAGUUAAUUGAAAGUUUGAAUUGCAUCAAUAAAGCUCGUCAAUACCGGAAAAAAGGCGUUAUUAAUUUACAUAACGACUGUCCAUAGUUUGCAUGACCAUUAUUUUCACUACCCCACCCUCCACUCGGUGAAAUAUAAAAAAAUAAUGGUAACGUUAUCUGUACUUCCUAUGUUGUACACGUUGCUUGGAUAAAAAUCAUGGUGAUUAUCAAUGUACCGUGAGGUCAACUUAUACGGGUACGUCGUUCGCGGAUGCUAGUCGUAAUUUUUGACGAUAUAUCAUAUUUAAAUAAAUAUAAUGAUGUUCGAUUCGUCAUUGAACGUGCUGCAGUCUAGGCGCAAGAUAGGAGUAAACGAAGUUCUAGUUAAACUUGAAAGAGUGAAGAUACAACACCAGAUAUUGCGCCCACCAAAAUCCUCGAUUGUUCCAGGAUGCAAAAUUAAAAGAAACCAGUUUUCUGGGAACGGAAAAAAUCACAAGUUUUCCCUCAAUAAACCAGUUUUCAUUAAAAACAUAGAAUUCUCUAUAGAGAGCGAAUUAAAGAGUAAAGCAGAGACAUCGGAAUGCAACAAUACUAAUUGCGAUCACUUGUUGUGUCAUCAGGAUCAUUUGGACGUUGAAUUAACGGUAUACAGAAAAGCAUUUGAUGCUCUUUUAAAUAAAAUAAUGACUUUCAAGCCUCUGCUAAAGAGAAUAAAGUACAUAUACGAUAAAUCGAUCGAGGUAAGAGACGAUAGAAUAAAAUUGAUGGACGUAUUGUCAUCCAAAUUGGAAUCAUAUAAGGAAUCGAUCGAGCGCAAAGUUGAAACAAUUCAGCGUACCGGACUUGUAGAAGCACGUCAUUUAAAAAUCGAGAAUGCCGAUCUUAUCAGGACUAUAGCCGAACUGAAACUGAAUCUUGAGGAGAGAACAGAUAUGGUAAAAUCACUCCGAAACGAUAUCUUGGAAUUGGAGGAAAGGGAAAUAGGAAGAAUAGUAAAUGGUCAGAGAACGACUCCUCGAAUGACUGAGACAGAUAAUCAAACUGAAGCUGUACCAAAAACCGACCAGAUAUCUGUAGCAAGGAGAUUGGUUGACGACCCCGUCCUGAUGAGCACGUGCUUACAAAGGGCGAGGAAGGAUUUGAGCAGCGCUCAUAAGAGACUUGCAGAAUUUGAAGAUACUUUUCGAGAGGUUGUUCCUAAGCGGGAUUUAGAAAGGUUGGAAAUUAGAUACCAGGUCAUCGAGAGGGAAUAUCGCGACCUUUCGCAAGAGCUGGAAACGCUCAUGAAGGAACACGAGAUACUCAAGAAGAGAUUUGAGGCAGUCAAGGAGCAAAAAAACAGCUUGAGGGAUCGCUGCAAAAUAUUGGCACACACGAAUACACCGCGUCCAGAUUGGUCUAAGUAUAAUAAACAUUAGUAAUUUAAUCGAACC